AUGCCACAAUAUCUUUGUGUAUUUUGCGAACAAAAUUGCAUUUAUUCAUACAUUUUAAUGUUUUAUGUAUGUAUAAAGUAUGGUGGUUUACAAAGGUUCACUGUGAUUAAAAGUGAAAAGCAAAAAUCGCAAAUUACUGUUACCAAUGCAUUAAAGAGCAUACAAUUAAUCAGAAUGUAUUACAUUCCUAGGGAAACAAACAAUUAA